AUUUCCUUUCUCCCAAGGCAUUGAAGCUGCCGCAUGCUGGUUGACAAGAUGCUUUCCUUUCGCAGUGCUGUGCGGAGAGCUUCCACCGGGAAGCCUCUCCGAGCCCUCUCCGCACCGCGUGUCCCCUCGAGAUUGUCCUCUCCUACUGCUCUGAACUCGCUGAAGGCCUCUGCAGCUCCGUUGCUGCAGAGCCGUCAAUACUCCCGUGCUACCGACCCCCAGCUCUCGUCCACCCGGUCGACCGUCGUCCAGUUGCUGAGUAACAUCGGGUCCAAGCGCGAGGUUCAGCAAUACCUCUCUCACUUCACCUCGGUGUCUUCUCAGCAGUUCGCCGUCAUCAAGGUUGGUGGUGCGAUCAUUACCGAGCACCUUCAGACCCUCUCGUCUGCCCUCGCCUUCCUCAACCAUGUCGGACUCUACCCAAUUGUCGUUCACGGCGCUGGUCCUCAGCUCAACCGCAUGUUGGAGGCCGCCGGUGUCGAGCCCCAGUUCGAGGAUGGAAUCCGUGUGACUGAUGGAAAGACUCUGGCUCUCGCCAGAAAGCUGUUUUUGGAGGAGAACAUGAAGUUGACCGAGGAGCUGGAGCGCAUGGGUAUUCGGGCUCGCCCUCUUACUGCUGGUGUUUUCUCCGCCGACUACCUCGACAAGGAAAGGUACAACUUGGUUGGCAAGAUCAACGGAGUUGAUAAGAAGCCCAUUGAGUCUGCCAUUGAGGCUGGCUGCCUUCCCAUCUUGACCUCCAUGGCCGAGACCCCCGAUGGACAGGUUCUGAACGUCAACGCUGAUGUCGCCGCCGGUGAAUUGGCGCGUGCUCUCCAGCCCCUUAAGAUCGUCUACUUGGCCGAGAAGGGUGGUUUGUUCAACGGUGACACUGGUGAGAAGAUCUCCGUCAUCAACCUGGAUGAGGAGUACGAGCACCUUAUGAGCCAAUGGUGGGUUCGCCACGGUACCCGCCUCAAGAUCAAGGAGAUGAAGGAUCUCCUCAGCGACCUGCCUCGCACCUCCAGCGUUGCCAUCAUCCACCCUGGUGACUUGCAGAAGGAAUUGUUCACCGACUCCGGAGCUGGUACUCUGAUCCGCCGAGGCAACAAGGUGCACACCAAGACCUCUUUGUCCGAAUUCGAGGACCUCCAGAAGUUCAAGGAUGUCCUUGUCCGGGACCGUGAAGGACUCGAUGCUCGCGCUACCGUCGACCGUUACGUCGAAGGACUCGCCGAGCGUGACUUCAAGGUCUUCUUUGACGAGCCUAUGGAAGCCCUGGCCGUGGUGCUGCCUCCUCAGCGGGAAUCCACCCUGGCCCACUUGGCUACCUUCACCAUCACCAAGUCUGGAUGGUUGAGAAACGUUGCCGACAACGUCUUCGCUAGCAUUAAGAAGGACUUCCCCAAGUUGGUCUGGACUGUGAAGGAGGAUGACGAGAACCUGACCUGGUUCUUCGACAAGGCCGACGGUAGCUUGAGCCGUGAGGGCGAGGUUCUCUUCUGGUACGGAAUCGAGAGCGGCGAGGAGGUUAAGCAAUUGGUGCAGGAGUUCACCAAGAACGGCCGCCAGAUGUUCGGUGACAUCAACCUCGAAUCCAGACUCCACCGCGCUGCCCAGGCCGCCACUCAGAUCCUGGGUAAGGGCUUCGGUGCUAGCGGUGCCUCCGCUGAGCAGAAGCGUGCCUUUUCUUCGUCCAGCAAUGCUCUGCGGGCUUCUCGAUUCGCUCGCCCCAUGGCAUUCGGCAACUCCGUCCGCACUUACGCUACCACCAACCCCAACCCUCCCCUUGGUGAGAAGAACAUGUCGAACAACAAGCCCUCCAAGGUUGCUCUGAUUGGAGCUCGUGGCUACACCGGCCAGGCUCUGAUCAGCUUGAUCAACGCCCACCCUCACAUGGACUUGCGCCAUGUUUCUUCUCGCGAGCUGGCUGGCAAGAAAUUGCAGGGUUAUGAGAAGCGUGAGAUCAUCUACGAGAACCUGAGCCCCGACGACGUUCGCCGCAUGUCUGAGAACGGAGACGUUGACUGCUGGGUCAUGGCCCUCCCCAACGGUGUUUGCAAGCCUUUCGUCGACGCCGUCGACCAAGGCUCCAAGGAGGGCAACGUUAUCGUUGACCUGAGUGCCGACUACCGUUUCGACAACAAGUGGACCUACGGUCUUCCCGAGCUUGUCAACCGCUCCACCAUCGCCAAGGCCAGUCGUAUCUCCAACCCUGGAUGCUACGCUACCGCUGCCCAGGUUGGAAUUGCCCCUCUGGUUCCUUUCCUCGGUGGACAGCCCACCACCUUCGGUGUCUCCGGAUACUCUGGAGCCGGCACUAAGCCCAGCCCCAAGAACGACGUUGAGUUCCUCACCAACAACCUAAUCCCCUAUAGCUUGACCGAUCACAUCCACGAGAAGGAGAUCAGCUCGCAGCUUGGAACCCCUGUUGCAUUCGUCCCCCACGUUGCUGUCUGGUUCCAGGGAAUUUCGCACACCAUCAGCAUUCCUCUCAAGCAGGAGAUGACCUCCCGUGACAUCCGUAACAUCUACCAGGAGCGCUACGCUGGUGAGAAGCUCGUGAAGAUUGUUGGUGAAGCCCCUCUCGUCAAGGACAUCGCUGGUCGCCAUGGCGUUGAGGUUGGUGGAUUUGCCGUCCACUCUAGCGGCAAGCGUGUUGUCGUUUGCGCUACCAUUGACAACCUCCUCAAGGGUGCUGCCACUCAAUGUCUCCAGAACAUGAACCUGGCUCUCGGCUACGGCGAGUACGAGGGUAUCCCUCUGGAAUAAUGUGUUGUGUUAAGUAAACUUGCCCUAUAUAAUGUUGAUAUAGUAAGAGGGCUGGUGCGUGGAGUAUUUUAAACAUGGAGCUCUUUUUUUGAAAUAAACAAGUUUUGUUCGGUGUCAAGUCUUUCAAGCUUAAGUUGUCUUUUGCAAAUCUUUCUCGCAUGCUUCAUACCCAGCUGGAUGCACCUUGAUCAGUUGUUAUGAGUAGGUGGUCGAGUAAAACUUUUGGUUAUACCUCUCGCAUCCUUUACAUAACGAACUUGGUUCUUUUGUUUCCAUUCAUCCUUAGAGCCCUACAUAGUCUUCUUGUUUCGGGGUUUUUCGAAGUUUUAGUUCACAUAAAAGCUGCUUCUUUUCUUUAUAACCACCGCCACAUAUAGCAUUGACUGUUGCGAAUCUUUUCAUACUCGGGCAAAGCC